AGUCAGGUAAACAGCUUCUGAAGGUGUUUGACGGUGAUGAUGCAGUGAAACGUGCCGGCUUCCGAUUGGUUUCCAUCAUGAGAGCCACAAAGAAUGAAGAAGUUGUGGAGGCGGCUCUGAGGGCCUUCUUCCUCCCCGAUGAUUCUCAGGACUUCGAGCUGCAGGAGGUCGGCGGCGUGCAGCGUCUCCACAGCGACGACAUCCUCAACCGCAACGGCGGCACCGACAACCGGAGCUCCCUGAAGGACAGCGGCGACGCCUGGCUCCUGAGGGCCAAACCCAGAGACAAUGAGGUCAUCCAGGUGUACGCGGGACGGCCCAGGUCGGGAGCAGCUUUCGUCUCCGUCUCCGUCUCUAGAAACAGCUCAGCAGCUUCAGUCGUCUCCGAGGUCCUCGGUCUGCUCCACAGACGGGAGGAAGACGCGUCCACUUUCAGCCUGAUGGAGGUCUACAUGAGCAGCAAGCAAGUUCAGAGACAGACACUGAGUCCUCAGGAGAAGAUUCAGGACAAGCUGCACGAGAUCAGGAAGGUAGGAGGACAUGUAACACACUGAACUCCUGCA